CUUCAGGUUCAGGAGAACUCGCGGCAUUGCUGCGAUCGUGAGUUCGUGACACCGGACGGAGGCGCGCACUUGAUCGGCGCUCCCAUCUCCAGGUCGAAUUCGAUUCCGCCGCGGCGAACCAAGCGCAUGCAUGUGUGAAUCUUCACCGUCUUUGCAUCAUGGCCAGAUGCAGCCGUCGCCGUCAUCACCUCGGGCACCGCCGCCGACGGCGGCGCAGGCGUCGGGGUACAAGCACUUCUGCAGAGUCUGCAACAAGGGGUUCACGUGCGGAAGCGCCCUAGGCGGGCACAUGAGGGCCCACGGCGUCGGCGACGGCGAUGGGUUGGGUGCCGAUGAUGACGACGACGACGACGACGAUUCGCUCGGCGAUGAGGCCGUGCGGCGUGCGCGCGGCGGGGCAGAUGAUCCUUGGAACGCGGGCGGCCCGUCGUCGUCAGGGGCAGCGACACACGUCUACGAGCUCCGCACCAAUCCUAACCGGGUCACGAGGAGCCGCCAGGUGUGCAAGAACUGCGGGAAGGAGUUCACGUCGUGGGAGCAUUUCCUCGAGCACGGCAAGUGCAGCUCCGGCGAGGACGACGACGACGAGGACGACGUGGAUCACUCGCUGCAACCGUGGUCGCCUUCGCCCGAGGCCGACGGCGAAGAGGAUUCUGCACCGGCCGCCGGUUGGUUGAAAGGGAAGCGCUCGCGUCGCUGCAAGGGCACAGGAGUCGAUUUGUCACCGACACCCUCAGCGUGCGCUGCCGGCGAGGAGGAGGACCUGGCCAAUUGCCUGGUCAUGCUCUCGUCGUCCAAGGUAGAUCAGGCAGGCGUCACUGAAGCAGAACAACGGUCAUCUUCUUCCGCGAGUAAGGAACAUAAGAGACUGAUCACGUUCAUGGAGCCGACGACGUAUGUACUGGAUACAGUGAUGGCGCUUCCCCCGCCGGCGCCGGCGCCACAGUAUGUCUCGACCGUGCCUCGAGGCAUGUUCGAGUGCAAGGCGUGCAAGAAGGUUUUCUCUUCUCACCAAGCUCUCGGCGGGCACCGUGCCAGCCACAAGAAGGUGAAGGGCUGCUUCGCUGCCAAGCUGGAGAGCAACGCCGCAGAGGUGGCUGAGCCAUCACACCAUGCAGAGGUCGCUGAUCGGAGCGAGGACAAUCCCGCCAAGGCCACUUCUGAUGCCAGGAGGAACGUGCACGCAAGCAUCGACGGUGAUGGAAACGCCGGCACGAGCGAUGCCGCGGCAGAACUGUCGAUGGCCAUCGUGCCCAUAGAACCGCCGGUCGCCGCGCUCGCCGCUGCACCGUUGAAGAAGAAGGGCAAGAUGCACGAAUGCUCGGUCUGCCAUCGACUGUUCACCUCCGGGCAGGCGCUUGGAGGCCACAAACGGUGCCACUGGCUGACGUCAAGUUCGGCGGAUCACACCGCCUCAGUCCCACCCCUAGCCGACGACCUUGUCCCGCUCUCGUUCCGGCCAAUGUUGGACGCACCGGAGCCCGCUCUCGACCUCAGCAUCGCGGCGAACCCGCCACUGCUGGCCUCGGCCGCAACAGUCCGUCCGAAGGUCGGCGGCAGCUCGUUUCAUCUCGACGCGCCACCACCGGUAUACAUCCCAUCGUCGCCGGCGAUACCCAGCCAACGGAACAAGGCUACCGCGACAACCGGCAGCCAGAACGCCAACGACGCGGUCGGGUUAAGCACCGCCGCAGCAGAGGACGAGGCGGACAGCACCACCGUCAAGAGAGCGAGGCUUAGCGAUCUCAAGGACGUGAGCAUGGCAGGGGAGACGACACCGUGGCUGCAAGUCGGCAUUGGCUCCUCGUCUCGCGGGGGUGCUGAUGAUAACGACAAGGAGUGAUUGAUCUGCGAAUUGAUCAGUACAUACAUAUAUACUGUUACAUUAUUUCCAUGCGUUUGCAAUUGCAUAUAUGUUGUUCGCAUGAGCAUAUAAGUAUUUGCCUUCUUUUUUGUGACUUUUUCUUUUCUUUUAGACUUGUAGGUUUUUUUUUCUUCUCAAGAUAGUGAGUAUGUUUUACAAAGAGGUAACAUAUGAAUUUGGGAAGAGGCAGUAGACUUGUAGGAUUUUUUUUUCUUCUGAAGAGAAGCAAGUAGUGAGUAUUUUUUCACAAGAGGUAAUGUAUUAAUCUGUC